AUGAAAGCAAUACAAGGACACACGUAUGCGUCACAAAAUCUGUUUUUGUUUGUUCUUCUGGUAUUAUUUGUGAACUUAACUGGAGUUGAAUCUGUGUGCAGCGAGAACUGUCGUUACGGACAGGAAUUUUGCAGAGAGGACACCUCCCACUGCUUGUAUGGUUGUAAUGAUGGUUUUCUGGGAGAUGCUUGUGGUCAGGUCUGCUCAAUUUUUUAUUGUAAGGCAUGCAUGUACAAUAACUCAAAAGAAAUUUGUACAAGAUGUAAGGAUGGACAUUAUGGUAUUGACUGUUUACAACAAUGCAGUGAUUCAUGUAUAAACAAAAAAUGUGACAGAUUUGGACGAUGCAUAUUUGGAUGCAAAGAAAACCACCACGGUGAAAGAUGUGAACACCAGAAAUGUUCAUUUGUUGACUGCUUAUCAUGUGCAUACACCCAAUAUGAUUCAUAUUGUUCUGAAUGUAUACAGGGCAAGUACUGGAAUCCAUAUGUCAAUAACUGUACCAAUUGUAGUGACCAUUGUGUUGGUGGACAACUAGCUUGCAACUCAUCCAAUGGGGUUUGUAACCAAGGCUGUGAGCAAAGGUGGUUUGGUCACCUUUGUGACAAAUAUUGUCCUGUCGAUAAUUGUACACAGUGUAUAGAAGUGUUCCAUGGAACACAAAAAGUCAAGGAAUGUCGCACAUGUGUGGAUGGAUUUUUCACAUCCCAUGGAAUUUGUGAGAAAUGCAGCGAUACAUGCUUGGACAAAACAACGUGUGAUGGACAAAAUGGAAAAUGUCUUGCUGGGUGUAAGAUAGGAUGGUAUGGAGAUCGAUGCAACAAGGAGUGUCAUAUUGCAAAUUGUAGACAAUGUGAAGAAAUUAAUCGGAACCAUAUUUAUUGUGAGAUUUGUGAAAAUGGAUUUUAUCGGAGUUCUAAAGAUUCAAAAUGUCUUUAUUGUCCACCCAACUGUACAAAUGGAUGCAAUAAUACAAAUGGAAUCUGCAUUGGUGGUUGUAAGACAGGUUAUUAUGGCCAUCAGUGUGAUAAUAUAUGUGGUCACUGUGCAAAUAUUCCUUGUAAUGAAACAAACGGGUAUUGUCUGCAAGGCUGCGAGCCAGGAUGGUAUGGAACCUGGUGUAUGUCCACUUGUCCAAUACAUUGUCGCAGUUGUCUUGACUUUAAAAACAAUACCUGUGGUGCCUGUGAAUCAGGCUGGUAUGGACCAAGGUGUGAAUUGAAAUGUAGUGAAUUUUGCCAAAGAAAUUCCUUUAAUAGCUUUCUUUACUGUGACAAGGACACUGGAGAAUGUUCAGAUGGCUGUCCUCCUAGUUAUCGUGGAGCAUUCUGUAACAUUACCUGUCAUGAUAAUUGUUUUGCAGACCUCUGUGAUCACACAGGAAAUUGUUCUUAUGGAUGUAAACGUAACUAUUAUGGUCCGAAUUGUAAUAAACGUUGCUCAGAGAAUUGUGAGGUUUGCCACCAAGGAGAUGGAAAAUGUUCUGUUCCCUGUCGCCAGGGAUAUUACGGUGAAUACUGCAACAAUGCAUGCAGCAAAUCCUGCUUAUACCAAUCCUGUGACGAGCAUGGGACUUGUGUUUCUGGUUGUGAAAAUGGUUACUAUGGCAGUACCUGUGAGAAAGUUUGCAGCUCUCACUGCAUUGACAAUACAUGUGAUUUUGUGUCAGGGUACUGCAGUCGUGGCUGUAUGUCUGGUUACUAUGGGAACCGGUGUGAUGUGGAGUGUAGUCACAAUUGUCUGAAGAACUGCAAGCGAAAUUUGGGUUUCUGUCUUGGCUGCAUAAACGGUUUUUAUGGUAACAGAUGUGAACAGCUAUGUCAAUAUUGUUUCAAUGACACAUGUGAACAGGGAACAGGUGUGUGUACCUAUGGCUGUGAGGCAGGUGUUACUGGACGUGACUGUUCUAACAAGUGCCAGCCUGGAAGCUUUGGCCCUGACUGUAAACUUUCAUGUAGUAACUGUAAGGAUAACACUCAAUGUGAUGUCAUUAAUGGUACAUGUCUACUGGGAUGUAUUGAUGGCUGGACAAACUACAACUGUCAGCGCAAGUCACUAAGGAUUGUACAUUACACACAAGAAGCAGACAGUGAGCGAAGCACCAUCGCCAUCUCGACUAGUGCCACUGUUGGGGUGUUUCUGACCAUUGUAGUCAUUGUGGUGGGUGCGGUAUGUCAUAGACGUGGUAGGUGCCCCGGAGCUUGUGCUUUAAAGAAGAAGAGUGAGAGUAGUCUUCCAGGUGACCAUCAGAACUAUCAGGCACCUGUAAGGAAGACAUCUGUGGAAGGAAGUGACCAGCCCAUUUCCAUGAUAUCUUAUCUGCCUUCAGCUAGAGUAGGCGCUCUGACCAUUGACCCAGCUGACCUUCAGCUAGAGACAACGGAGAUGAAAGGACUGUUCUAUAUAGUGAAAAUUGGGAACUUGCAACACACACAGUCUAGGUCCACUGUAAUGGUCAAGCUUCUUUGUAAAGCAACCCAGAGGAGACUUCAAUCUGAUUUUCUCCAUGACGUUGAGGUGGUGCGAACCCUUGAUCUCCAUAGAAACAUCCUCUCCUACAUUGGUCUUUGUGAAAAUGAAAGAUUUAUACAUAGUGUGUUUGAGGCCUGUGUUUGUGGAGAUCUUAAAAAGUAUUUGACCAACCUGAAGCGAUCAUCCAGUGACCCAGCCACCAAUACAGUACGACUUUGCUACGUGGAAUUGAUUAAAUUUGUGGUGGAUAUUUUACAAGCUCUUAUAUUUCUACAUAACAAUAAGAUAAUACAUCGGCUGGUCGGUGCCCAGAAUGUCUACCUUGACAAUGACUACACAGCUAAGCUUGCCAACUUCCACUUUGCCAUUAAGUAUAGAGAUGCAGAUAGAGAGAAUGGAAGAGUCCGUGCUCGGAAGUUGCCUCAGAGAUAUGCAGCAUGGAUGCCACCUGAGGCUCGAGCUGAGGACAUUUACUCAAAUUACACUGACAUGUGGGGAAUAGGUGUGUUGUUAUGGGAGAUAGUAACUCUUGGUAACAGUACAAACCUACAGGAUACCACAGAGUUAGGUAGUUCCAUAGCUGGUCCUAGUAACCACAGAGCCCUAGUGACUGGUCCUAGUGACCAUAGGGCCCCAGGAACUGGUCCUAGUGACCAUAGGGCCCCAGGAACUGGUCCUAGUGACCAUAGGGCCCCAGGAACUGGUCCUACUGACCAUAGGGCCCCAAGAACUGGUCCUAGUGAUCAUAGAGCACCUGUUGCAAGUGUCAGUGGCCAAAGAGCCCUUGCAGCUGGUCCUAGUGACCAGAUAACCCCAGAGACAAAUCUUAAUGACCAUAGAGCCCUAGGGGCAAGUCCUAAUGGUCCUAGAACCCUAGGAGCAAGUCCGAAUGACUCCAGAAUUCCUGGAACAAGUAAUGCUGAUCACAGAAUCUCAAGACCUGGACGGACCGGAACGGCACCCAUUGGCUACCUCACAAUUCCCAUCGACUGCGACAGAUUUCUGUCCCAGUGUAUCGAGCAGUGCUGGAAUACUGCCCCAGAAAACAGACCUUCAUUUACUCCAAUGGUUCGCAAACUGUCUGCUUCUCUGACACGAAGAUGGGGAGGGAAUGGAGAAGUGCAGAUGUCUGUUAGCACUUUGGUUUGAUGUUGGAGGAAACAGGUGGAGUUUGGAACUGUUUGACAGA